GAGAGGUUAAACGGGGCUGGACUUCUCAAACGCCGGCAGGGAUUGAAGCGCAGCUGCUGCAGACAUUCCUCAGAUAGUAGUCAUCCUGCUCGCCGGUUCACCGGUUGAUUUUUCACUGUGAACCGAUACACUGUUGGAGAAAAUGUCGAACGUCAACUGGAAGCCCUUUGUUUUCGGCGGGCUAGCUUCCGUGACGGCGGAAUGCGGGACCUUCCCAAUCGACCUAGCCAAGACUCGUCUUCAAGUUCAAGGCCAAGUCGGCGACAUUAAAUACCGAGAGAUUCGGUACAGAGGCAUGCUCCAUGCUUUAGUGAGGAUAGGAAGAGAGGAGGGGCUCCGGGCACUGUAUUCAGGAAUAGCUCCUGCUAUGCUGCGCCAGGCCUCCUAUGGGACCAUAAAAAUUGGCACAUACCAGAGCUUUAAGCGACUGCUGGUUGAAAGACCAGAGGAUGAGACCCUGCUGACUAAUAUGAUAUGUGGUGUUCUAUCUGGAGUCAUCUCCUCCUCCAUCGCCAACCCCACUGAUGUGCUGAAGAUCCGCAUGCAGGCUCAGGGAAAUGUGAUCCAGGGCAGUAUGAUGGGCAACUUCAUUAACAUCUACCAGCAGGAGGGAACAAGAGGGCUGUGGAAGGGUGUCUCUCUUACGGCUCAGCGGGCGGCCAUCGUGGUCGGGGUCGAGCUACCGGUCUACGACAUCACCAAGAAGCAUCUGAUCCUGUCGGGUCACAUGGGGGACAACGUGUACGCACAUUUCGUGUCCAGCUUUGCGUGUGGUCUGGCGGGGGCUUUGGCCUCCAACCCGGUGGACGUAGUCCGGACACGCAUGAUGAACCAGAGAGGAGUAGCUCUGUACCAGGGAACACUGGACUGUAUACUGCAGACAUGGCGCUCAGAGGGCUUCAUGGCCCUGUACAAGGGUUUCUUUCCCAACUGGCUCCGCCUGGGACCGUGGAACAUCAUUUUCUUCCUCACAUAUGAACAGCUGAAGAAGAUCAAUGUGUGACUCGGAGAACGAGCUGGGGAAGAAGAGACGAGUAUGUGCUCACGCUCCGAGACGAGCUAAGAGGACCAAAAUCGUGACUGGCUGGAUGGCGAUGGAUCCACUGAACGUGGGAAGGGGGUUGAUGUAGACCCUUGUAUGAGGGGUGGCGUGAGAAUUUGCCUAAUUCCUGUUUGGGCUACAUGUCUCCUAAAGCCUGUGGCAAGUGUGGAAGACACUUAUUUUAGCUCAUCCACACGCUAUGUGAAGCUUAACUGCUCAUUUAAAUCUGAUAUUGACCCCUUAGGUUCAUGUCACCUAAUUUAUGGGUCUGUAAAUUGGAAAGAAUAACAGACUCUUGUUUAUGACCCUUUUUUUUUCAGCCAGAAAGUGCUUUAAAAUGGCUCUAAUAUCACAAGGGGUUUCAAUCUUCUACACUUAAAAGUGGUCCCCAAAUUGAGUGCCUUAGUUUGUGAUACAGGUAGUCUGCAGUAGGUCCAAGAAUGUGGGACAACAGCUGACAAUCAAGGUCAAGGUAACUUUAUUUAUACCUGAAGGUAGAUUUGGCUGACAGUGGGAAGUUGGGUGCGUCAGCGUCCUUUAUACAGACACGCAUGCAUACAUACACACAGUCGGCAGCGGACUGUUAGGACAUAGUGUGUGUGUGCGUGUGUAAUUACGUAUUAGUUUCCCUUGAGUAUUGACAGAGUUAAGAGCCAAAAAUACAUCACAGUGUACUGUAAUAAAUAAGUCCUAUAAACAGUCUGCCUACACAUGAGAAUAUGUGGCGAGCCUAGUGGUCCCUCACGCCAGCAACUGCAGACAACUCCAUAAGUUCGUGUUAUCAUAUGUUGCUGAAGCCUGCAUACGAUUUCCCUCACCGCUUUAGGUAUAGACCAUUGAGACAGAUUAGGGUAUCCAAAGUGCAUCAUUUGACGAUGUUUGUUGCUUGAAGGCACUGAAACAACUGCACAUGUUCCACAGUUAACUAUUUUCAUAUGAUGUAUUUGCAUGCUUAUCUGUGAGCUUUUUUUGUAAAGAAUGGAUAGGCUGUCGUGUGUGAGGUGCCAUUGCUGCCAAAGUGUACUUUUGAUGUUUGUGUACAAGGCUGCUGUCAGCCUGUAUAUUUGAAAUAAAAUAAAAAAAUAAAAACAGUA